AUGUCUUUCGAAACCACACAGACGAUCAACAGCUUCGGCGGCAAGCUUUUGAAGCUGCAACACAAAUCCCAAGUCCUCACCACCGAAGCGAAACUUAACCUCUACCUCCCACCUCAAGCCAGCUCGUCAAAGCCAGUCCCGGUCCUCUUCUACCUUGCAGGCUUGACCUGCACAGGCGACAAUGGUGCCGAGAAGGGCUUCUUCCAGCACAAGGCUGCGCAAAAGGGCAUCGCGAUAGUAUACCCAGACACCAGCCCUCGUGGUCUGGGUCACCCGGGUGAAGACGAUGCGUACGACUUUGGUAGCGGUGCAGGCUUCUAUGUCGAUGCCACAAAGGAGCCAUACAGCAAGGGCUACAAGAUGUACAGCUACAUUACAAAAGAAUUGCCGGAACAACUCUUCUCGAGCUUCAAGGAGCUAGACGGCUCAAGAGUUUCCAUCUUCGGACACUCAAUGGGCGGACACGGAGCUCUGACUCUGUUCCUCAAGAACCCAGGACAAUACAAGUCCGUCUCCGCAUUCGCACCCAUUUCCAACCCAUCCAACUGCGACUGGGGAAAGAAGGCGUUCGGCGGAUACUUCGGCGACGACCAGAAGCAAAAGUGGGCAGAACACGAUGCCACAGAGCUGAUUCGCAACUACUCCGGGGAUACGGACAUUCUCAUCGACGUCGGAACAGGCGACAAUUUCUACAAGCAAGGCCAGCUCUUGCCAGAGAAUUUGGAAAAGGCUGCCAAAGAGGCAGGGAAGAAGGUGACGGUGAACUACAGAGAAGGCUACGACCACUCGUACUUCUUCAUCAGCACAUUCGCCGACGAUCAUGUGGAGCAUGCGGCCAAGUAUCUGCUUGCGUGAGUGGAGAUCUCCUACUUGGUUUUACGGGAUCUUCUGGACAGAAGGGUGCUGAUGGGAAUUCUCUUUUUUGAGGUCAGAGACGACACCGACUCGUCACCAGCAAGGAAACGACAAAAGCUCUAGAGGCGGGCGGAGUAGAUUGUAGAUGUUGGGAGGGUGCGAGACAGGGAUCUAGGGUGUAUGAGAAAGCUUACCUGUACGAAGUCACUGUAGAUUGUGUUGAAAUGAAUGAAUCGGCUGGCACUCUUGCUUUAGAUGCA